AGCUGGGUGUAAUAUUUAGAAGUUUAACGGCGGUGUCGUCAUGUGCGCUGCAGCAGCACGCUGCAGAGAGAGCAGCCAAAACCUGGCAAACAUUACCUGAUGGGUGAACUAACACCUUCCUGCGGGUCGGGCUUGGUUCUGUCUGCGCGCCGGAUGUCCUGAAAACAUCUCGCUGGUGACACGGUGUUAACAGCGCUCUUAGUUAUGGUACCUCACAAUUAAUUGGCUGAUGAUGAGGCUAGUUAUGAUGUAAUCUUUCUCACUCCCUCUUCCUUGCACACAGCUACAGCCCCCUCCCUUUCUUUCCUGUUUCCCCACCUCUUUCCCUGUCUUUCUCUCCUAUCCUAACCAACAUGGCCGCUAAGUCGGAUGGAGCAGCGGUGUCUGUGGAAGAUGACAACACGCCCAGGAGCCUGUCGGAGCCGGGGAACCCCGUGGCCCGGUCCCGCUGCACCGCCGCCGGUGGGAAGCCCUACACCCUGCUGGACUGCUGCUGGGUGCUCUGCGCCCUGCUCGUCUUUUUCUCCGACGGAGCGACCGACCUGUGGCUGGCCGCAGACUACUACCUGAGAGGCGACUACUGGUGGUUCGGCUUGACUCUGGUCUUUGUCGUGGUGCCCUCCGCUGUCGUGCAGGUGCUGAGUUUCAGGUGGUUCGUGUAUGACUACUCGGAUCUUAGCGGCGGGGAAGGUUCGGGCAGCGGCGGGAGCUGUGCGGCGGCGGCUGCAGGCGAGGCAGGCGCCGAUGCCACAGCGGGCGACAGCACGUUAAGCACCAAGGACAGCGACCAGCACGGUGGGAACGCGCCAGCGGUGAACGCCGCGAAUGUUACCCCGGUGUAUGCGUCCUCUGGCCCGCCUGCUGCGGCGGUGAGAGUCGGCUCCCCCCGGAGAUGCUGCACCAUCUGCAUGUGGGUCUUUCAAACCGUGCUUCACGUGCUGCAGCUGGGCCAGGUCUGGAGGUAUGUCCACGCCCUCUACCUGGGCGCCCAGAGCCGGUGGCACAGGAGCGGGCCCCGCCGUCACUUCCACUGGAGGCUGAUGUUCGAGAGCGCAGACAUCACCAUGCUGCGCCUGCUGGAGGCCUUCCUGAAGUCUGCGCCGCAGCUCGUCCUGCAGCUGAGCAUCAUGAUCCAUGGGAACGGCGUGCUGCCGCUGCAAGGCCUCUCAGCUUCAGCAUCUCUGGUUUCACUGGCCUGGAUGAUCGCCUCCUACCAGAAGGUCCUCCGAGACUCUCGUGACGACAAGCUGCCCAUGUCCUACAAGGCUGUGAUCGCCCAGAUGCUGUGGCACUUCUUCACCAUCGGGGCGAGGACAGUGGCUUUCGCCCUUUUUGCCUCUGUCUUCCAGCUCUACUUUGGCAUUUUCAUCGUCAGCCAUUGGUGUGUGAUGACCUUCUGGAUUAUCCAGGGUGAGACUGACUUCUGCAUGUCCAAGUGGGAAGAAAUCAUCUACAACAUGGUUGUGGGUAUCAUUUACAUCUUUUGCUGGUUCAACGUCAAGGAAGGUCCCAGUCGCUUCCGUAUGGCUCUGUAUUACGCCGUGACUCUGGCUGAGAAUGUGGCGCUGACCGCGGCCUGGUAUACCUACCGUGGCCCCCAAACAAGUGACUCAUCCGCCCUGGUAGUGGUGUGCCUGGUGGCCUGCAGCUUUGCCCUGGGAACCUUCUUCAUGUUGGUGUACUACUGCUGGCUGCACCCGGACGGGCCUGUUCUGGGCUCCCAGUGGGGAGGAUGCGUCGAUGAGGGUGUGGUAGGAACAGGGGGGAUGGUGGGAGUUAUUGACGCUUGCCUUACUCCAUCGCAAGGGUCCCAAACGGAUAUGGUCAUUACCAGUCCUCCACGGACUUUGCCCAGGACUAAAGAUAAAGACUUGGGGGAUCCGGUUCCUGGGGAGCGGGACAGAGACAAGGACAGCUGCCUGCCUGUCUUCCAGGUACGCCCCUCCCCUUCCUCUUCUCCCGCUCUGCUUCACAGGACCUCCUCCACAUCCCGUGCACAAGAGGGUCCUGUGAUCAGGAUUGACCUCCCAAGAAAGCGAUACCCAGCCUGGGAUGCACACUUUAUCGACCGCCGCCUCCGCAAGACCAUCCUGCUUCUGGAGACCACCUCGGCCAUAAGUCCACGGAUACAGUACAGGAGCAGCUUGAUGGGCAGCAAAGAGGUGUUAGAAUAUGAGACAACUGUUUAAGCCAACAGCAGCUGUUAAACUACAAAGUGCAGUCUGGGUCCAAGGCUCAGCCCGGAAUCAGUCUUCAACCCAGGAAUAUCUGUGCCGGGAGUAGCAUGAAAAGAAGACAGAGUGUCUGGCGACUCUCAUUGAGAAAAGAGGUUGUCAAACUGCGAUUGUGAAAUGUGAACCUCAAUGUGGGACCAAAGCUGUUGAAGAAUAUAUAGCAAGAAUUACCUGUUGGAAGUUAAUGGAGUAUACUGAGCCAGGAUUGUCUCAUUUUCUAACACUUCAAACAAGAGGAAUUUAAUCUUACACCAGGGACCAGUAAGUGUUAGAUUUUGUUUCAACCUGGACGGUGAGGACAACAAGUAAAAGGACACCAGAGAAAUAAAGCUUGAGAUAAUAAAAAAAAAAAACAGUCUGCUACAUGAACUGAAGCCUCAGGCCACAGAGACAGAACAGAAAUGUAAGACAUGUUGAAGAAACAGAUUGUCAGAGUGUUCAUGGGACAUGCAAUCAUUUUGUGUUUGGGCAAAAUACAUAAAUCUACAGCCUAUUGAUUUGGCAUUCACAGAUGCUGAGUCAUUGUCUACAACCAAAUUCAUCCCAGGUUUAGCCAAGAUAAAACAGACACCUCUUACCAAUCAGUCACUUCGGCAUGCUUCAGAGAAUUACAAUGACUUGCAAGAAUACACACAGACGAGUCCGAGUCGAUUUGUUGCAAGGGUCGCUUUGUUCUUUCCAUCCAGUUAUGUCCCCAAAAGGUUGCAUGUGCCUCACAAAUCUUUGGUAAUUGCGCUCUUUAAACAUUUUGUUAGAGGCAUCUAAAGGAAAAAGCUGCUCGAAUUCCCCUGCAGGGCCUUGGCUUUCAUCUGAUGAAGGAUCGUAACUCAGUCUAAGCUCAGACGGUCCAUGAAACGUAGGCCUGCAAUACAACUGAUACCAAUUCACCCAUCCAUUUGUGCCACAACUGCAGCCAUAGCACAAGUCUCGCUGUUUACAUCCUAGCUGCACUGUCGACCCCAACCCAACAGACUUGCUUGGAAAGCUGAACGAGGAUCUGAUAAGUGGAUGUACGUGAGCAGUUUCUCAAACGGCUACCGACAUAUGGCAUGCUGUAAAUCGCCAGAAACAGGUCUGUGAUGUACAGUUGAAUAAAUGCAGAUGUCCAAUACUGUAUAAGAUGUUAAAAUAAGCUGUAGUUAGGUGAUGAAUGCCUUUUGUGAGUAAGGAAGCUUCAUUUACUCGUAAGAGUCUAAAUGUUGUCCAAAGUGGUUCACUUUUUUCAAAAAAAUCAUAUUAUGUAGGAUAAGGAGGAUAUCACGAUCUAUUUCAGUAUACUAUGAACUGGUUUUUAAGGGUUUGAUUUUGAGGGCAAAAAUAAUAAAAAGAAAUAUAACACUUGUUUAAAGUUAACCGUCAAGACAAAGAGUACAGAUAUGUUUUUGCAAACUAGGUAGUUGCGAUAGUUGAUGUCUUUUGUAACAAAAAGGAUACGCCCACCGUCUAAGUUAUUUUGUUGGGUUUGGUUUCUUUGGAGGACCAUCAUGUUUUAAGAUCAAGAAGGUUCUGUCUCCCCCUUCAGGCAGGGAGAGCAUUAACUGUAUAAACAAUGCUGGUGCUUGGAGUGUACAUCGUUGGUGGACGUGGUCACUGAAUCAAGAAGUUAAACAAAAAGUUUAGUAGAAGUGAGAAAGUUCCUAAAAGUGCAACAGCACUGAUUAAUGGCUCUGGCUAAAGUAGUUUCCAAUUUAAAAAAAACAUCUUUUGGAUACAAAUCUUUAUGGUUUCCAUUGUUUUGGUCCUUAAUUCAGUCCAAACUAAAGCUUUACUGUCAGGUUUUUAAAAAGGUCAAUAUUCUGCCAAAUUAGAGGAUUUUAAACUACAAACUACAAACCAACAGGCGAUGCGGAGACACUAUUUCCAUUUGUUUUAGAAUCUACUGUUGGUUUUGUUUGGAGAACACAUUCCUUUAAAUGCAUAACUUUGGGCAGAAGUUUACUUUGCCACUAUUAGGCAUGGGCCGGUAUGAGAUACUCACAACUUUGAUUUAAAAUACUUGAUUUAAUUGCUUUUAUCUGAAAUAGAAACUCAGCGAUUGUUCAGAAAGUUACAUAUUUCUUGUCUGGGCCACAUGCAUCUGAAGAACGUCUAUGAGGUAUUUUGUGAGGGAGUAUGAGUCGCCUGGUCUGUUUUGAAGGGCUGUCUGGUCAUUUUAUACCUAAACCAAUGCUGUCUCCACGUGUUUAGCACAACAAAGAUGCUUAUUCCCAGUGCAGGAUGGACUCCACUCUUUGACCGAAGUCCUAGGCCCCUUUGGAUGUUUUCCAAGCAUGCACAACUGGAAGGAGACUCUAGAGCAGAGAAGACUGGAAGCACAGAGAAGACUGGAUAUAUUUCCAAACCACCAAAUUUGUCAUUUUUGUAAGCAAGAGAAGAGUAUAGUACCUUUCUUUCAAUCAGCUCAGCAACAAUAAGAGAGAGAGGCAGCACUCAGGCUCAUCCAUGCAGUUGGUCAAACUUACCUUAUUCCAGUGAAUUUUGUGGCAGCCCAGUAAAAUGACUUUAAACUGUAGGAACUUUUCAGUAGUCUAAAAACCCUUCUAUGCCGUGAUACUGGUUACCGGCCCAUGCCUGAUCAAUUUAGACUCCAUACACUGAGGCAACAAUCAACAGUUCAGGUCUGAUCCUUCUGGAUGUGGGCAUUUUUUGGCAGCAUGUCAGUUAUUGAAUAAGCAUUGGAUGUUGCUCUUUCUUUUAAAUCUGUGUAUGAAAAAGAAGGGAGCAGUGAAGACAGAAGGAAAGUGGCUGAAUCAAUGUGUCUGUUCUCGUUUUUCAUCUUGGACAAUUCAAAACUGCAGGUGAUGGGGAUACAUUGUUGAGUUUUUAACGAAUCAACAACCAGCAGCGUUUUGAUUUUUUUUAAUUCAUAUUUUCAACAGACAUUUUCUAAGUUAGUUUAACUGGAGGCUUGUUGAAGAUGAAGAUGAAUCCUCAACAUAUCACAUUUGUCUUUCAGCUGAUAACCAAAGUUAGUAAAAAGCUGGUUGGAAACCAUUGGAUUGCUAAAAACAGAUGGUCCUCCAGCUUUUCUACCUAGGAUGCAGCUUCAGACAUCAAAGUUUAGCCACACCACUAACAGGGUGUGGCUAAAAUAUCACUAUCUGCUAGAGGAUGAGAGAUCUUGCCUGGUCAGCAACAGCUUCACUUUCAUCUUCAAACUAUUUCUCCCCAACAGCCUCUUUGAACUUAAACUUAAUCUUUUUCUGAAGGUUUCCGUCUUUAAGUUGGUCUGACUUGAUAAAAAGUGGAGGUCUCUUUCUGUCUCUUUGAGAAAAACUUACAGCAAUGUGGUGAUUAUAUGUAAAGUGGUAACAUUUACUCAAAGGUGGGUGUUUUUUCUUAUAAAAAAUACUAUCCUUGUGCAUGCAAUCAGUUAAAUGGGGUUUUUCAGCUUUGUUGCUGUAACAUCAAGAUGUUGAGGCUCAGUAAGAAUGCAGAAGAUCUCAGUGUUUGAGGAAGAUCCCAGUCCAUAGCUCCUUGAUGCAGGUACCAAUGAACACCAUAAUACAGCUAUGAAGAUUCUCAAUAUAUUAGAAGACAAUAAAUUUGGAGGAGAUUUCUGUUGCUGCCACGUUGAGUGAACAAAACCAAUUGUUGCAUAAAAAGAACUCUGAGAAAUGUCAAAAAAGACUCGAAUGCCGGUACAUUGUGACCCUAAGAGCAUCUUCUGUUCUUGCUUUAUAAUGUCCUCAGUCGUCGUCCGUUGAGUGUUUUGCUGAUGACGCAAACACACUCUUCUGUUUCCUGAUGUGUUUGAAGGAUUGCUUCAUUGAGUGUUCGGUGGAACGUAAAGAAAACCCAGUCUGUAUUAUUAAAAGCCAGUAGGACAGAGGUGCUCUGACUCUUACAUAAUGCCCUCCACACUUACUGGCUCACUGGUAAAGAUGUGUAAAGAAGUCUUAACUUUCCAUUGAAGCUGCAUAAUUUCACUUCAGGUCUUUGCACUUAAAGUCUUCUCCUUUAAUGUCUCAGAAAGUUGGAGCGUGCAGAGGGAGGGAUCUUUAACGGUUUCAUGCAGACUUCAGCCCGCAGGGUUUUUUACAGGGUUUGGAUCCGCGGACUGAGAGCGAAUAGAAAAAGAUUUUAAACCUUGAGAACCCUUAUAUUGAUUUGCCUUCUGCAUCAGUAUCCAAGUGGUCGACAUGCCACUCAAUCCUGCAAUAUUCCAAGAUAUUUGGAAGAGAAACUGGCUCACAGCAUUACAGGUCAAUCGCCAUAAUUAACAAUGAACACAGGAAGGUUUUCUUGUUUUACACCUGAUAUACCUGGACUGUUGCUGAAAAGCUCAAUAUCAUAAUAGUUUAUAUCCGAGUAGGGAUGAGUAAACUCCACAUAAUUACAUUUGUGGUGGUGGGACUUUUUCCUGGCAGUGUCUAAUGGUGAUAAAGACUUGAUGAGCCUCUCUGCCACUCUUUGGCACAUUGGAAAUGCAUAUUUGUCCUUUACUCCCUCCUUACUGUGUGGGGAGACAUGUUUGUUGAAGGGCCAGUGGUAAAACCUUUAGAUUGAGGGGAUUUUUUUUUUCUGGAAGGUAUUUUUUGUUUUGUUGGUCAUUAAAGCCUAUAAGACACAUUGGUCAACUUCAAAAGUAUUAUUUUACAGAGAUUUUAAGUGUGGCCAUCAUGAUAUAGGAAAUAACAUCUUUUUUUUACUUUGGUGUUUAUUUAUCCCCUCACUUUGGUAGAAUAAAAUAUGUAUCUUAAGACUUUUGACACAUCUGUACCAAUAAGUGGGAAGGGCAUCAACCACUGUCCAGAUCAUUCAGGAAGGCAAAUCAAAGCAAACAGCAGCAGUUUGAUGAUGCAGACCGUGUCCUACCUGAACCCAGGGACUGGGUCAGUCCACUGGUGACAUACACAGAGCUGUUAAUGGUGCUGAAAACAAUGACUUUUUGUUACAAAUGAUCAUGACCUGACAGGCUAAUGUACGGCUGCCUGGUGCAUACACAAACCACCCAGUCACAGGCCAAGGUACACUUUGCUUUCUCUGAUUGGGUCAUGCAGCAGUUUUUCUGUCGUUAAGCUAAGAUAACAGUUGAUAGUAAUGUGCUGAUUAUAUAUUGACUUGAACAAGAACAUGUUUAAAUGUUAUCGAGUCCAAAAGCUCGAAUCAUCUUUUGUUAAUUAAUGCAAGGAGUUUAUGUUGAUUUAUUUUUGUAUUUGUUUUAUAUCUAUUUAUCUAUUGUUUACUCACUCGGUGGCCAUGUCUUUGGUAUGACUCUUUUAUUAAGAUGUAAAAUAUGAAAAUAGUUUGUUUUUUUUACUCAUUCUAUAUUUCUGUAAAUAUCAGAGUGAUACUAUUCUAGGAUGUGCGUGUUCAAGUAUGUGUGCUUUGGUAUGUAAGUAUGUUGUGUAUGUAAAGUAUGUGUGUACUGUAAGGAUGUGCUCUCAGUUUCCUCUUCUACUUUGUUUUUGAUAAUGCCGCUUAAACAUCCUUUGAGUGAGCAAGCAGAAAAAUAAACCUGUGGUGAAAAUUAUCUAUGACGAUGUUAAAAAAAAAAGAAGAAAAACAAAGAACUCAACAAGCUGUGCUGAUUACUGUAGGUGGGAAAAAUACUGUAGUAAACAUGGCUGAACAGCCAUCAGAAUAAACUCAA